CUCAUCCAUAAACAUCUCUACUUUCAUAACACAUCCAAUAAAUUGCCUUUACCCUGUAGUUAGUUGCCAAUAUGGCUAUAUAUGUAUGGCAUUAACUAAAAUGACUAAUUAUAAUAUAGAAAGGUAAGAAAAACUAGUAGCUUUAGACUACAAACAAGCAAGACAAGUCAAAAACAAGAUACUAUAAACAAGAUGAAUUUAAGAAGUUUUAACACUUGGCAUCUUUACAUCCACCUAAAUUUUGUUUAAAAUCAUUUAAUUUUUUUUUGAUGGCAAAUCUUGUUAGUUGUUUGUUCCCCUGUUUACCUUAAAAACUGCCUAAGCCACCCCAUCAGUCCACAACUCCAGCUUCUUUUAAGCACACUUGUUUUCUUCACCCACUUCAUCAUCUCCUUAUCUACCAUUCCUUUUUUUUUUUUCUUUCUUUACAUUGAAAAUUUUAGAUCUUAGAUAUGGCAGGAAAUGGGGUAUUUUCUGAAAUUAUUGAAGGUGAAGUCUUCAAAUAUUAUGCUGAUGGUGAAUGGAAAAUUUCAUCUUCUGGUAAAUCAGUUUCAAUCAUUAAUCCCACUACUAGGAAAACCCAAUAUAAGGUUCAAGCAUGCACACAAGAAGAGGUAAAUAAGGUAAUGGAAGCAUCAAAAGUGGCACAAAAAUCAUGGGCAAAGACACCACUUUGGAAGAGAGCAGAGUUACUGCAUAAAGCAGCUGCUAUAUUGAAAGAACAUAAACACCCAAUUGCUGAAUGUUUGGUCAAAGAGAUUGCCAAACCUGCUAAGGAUGCUGUUACUGAAGUUGUUAGGUCUGGAGAUUUGGUGUCUUAUUGUGCUGAAGAAGGGGUGAGACUUCUUGGUGAAGGGAAGUUCCUGGUUUCUGACAGUUUCCCCGGAAAUGAGAGGACUAAGUAUUGUUUAACUUCCAAGAUUCCAUUGGGCGUUGUUUUAGCUAUUCCGCCCUUUAACUACCCUGUCAACCUUGCUGUCUCAAAAAUCGCACCUGCACUUAUUGCUGGAAACUCCCUCGUGCUAAAGCCUCCAACACAGGGUGCUGUGUCAGCACUCCACAUGAUCCACUGCUUCCACUUGGCCGGCUUUCCUAAAGGACUUAUUAGUUGUAUCACGGGGAAAGGCUCCGAAAUUGGCGAUUUCCUGACAUUGCAUCCAGGGGUGAACUGCAUAAGUUUUACCGGAGGAGAUACCGGAAUUGCAAUUUCCAAGAAAGCUGGAAUGAUCCCUCUUCAGAUGGAACUCGGUGGAAAGGAUGCUUGCAUUAUUCUUGAAGAUGCCGAUUUGGAUCUUGCUGCAGCUAAUAUCGUAAAAGGCGGCUUCUCCUACAGUGGACAAAGAUGCACGGCUGUUAAAGUCGUGCUAGUGAUGGAAUCUGUGGCUGAUACUCUUGUCGAGAAAGUCAAAGCUAAAGUUUCCAAACUGACCGUUGGUUCUCCAGAAGAAGACUGUGACAUAACUCCAGUUGUGACAGAAUCAUCUGCGAAUUUUAUCGAAGGAUUAGUCAAGGAUGCUAAGGAGAAGGGAGCAACCUUUUGUCAAGAAUACAAAAGGGACGGCAAUCUCAUUUGGCCUUUAUUGUUGGAUAACGUUCGACCUGACAUGAGGAUUGCAUGGGAGGAGCCGUUUGGCCCAGUUUUGCCGGUAAUUAGGAUACAUUCUGUCGAAGAAGGGAUCCACCAUUGUAAUGCUAGCAAUUUCGGUCUCCAGGGGUGUGUUUUUACGAAAGACAUAAACAAGGCAAUUUUGAUCAGCGAUGCAAUGGAGACCGGAACAGUUCAAAUCAAUUCUGCGCCUGCUCGUGGACCCGAUCACUUCCCUUUCCAGGGAAUAAAGGACAGUGGAAUCGGUUCACAGGGAAUAACAAACAGUAUUAAUAUGAUGACGAAAAUCAAGACUACAGUGAUCAAUUUGCCUACACCAACCUACUCCAUGGGUUGAUCAAUGAAAACUACUUUGACAUUAUGUAUUGAAUAAAUCAUGUCCUUGAUAUCUUGUUUUAGAGCUUUAUUUUAAGGCUUGUGUACAACCAUUAAUUGACAAUGAGUUAUAACUUUGAAAUUGAUUGUUUAGUGUCUUGAAAUUCGUUUGUUGGACGCAAAGGGGUUUAAAAUAGAUUUGAUGGCCCGAUAUUUACUCGA